UUAAAAAAAAAAAAAUUCACAAAUAACACGGUUAUUUACAACACAUUGAACAAAUUGAUUGAUUUGUUGUUGAUCAAAAAAAAUCAAACAAUAAACAAGCGUAAACGGUUAAAGAGUGGAAGAAAAUAACCGAAAUUUUUUUUUUGCAAAUAAAAAUACAUCAUCACCAUCAUCAUCAGUGAUGAUCAUUCAUUUUUGUUUGUGGUUUACAACAACGACAACAACGGGACAUGAUCAUCACGAGAUCACAACUGAAUGUGUGGUUACAUUAUAACCGCCAUCAUCAUCAACAAAUCAUUGAAUCUCUUUUGUAAAAAGCAACAACCAUUUGUUUGGUGUGUGUGUGUGUGUGUGUGUGUGGAAAAAAUUCCAUAUACAGCAAAAAAAAGGGCAUCGAUCGCGAUCGAAUGCCAUUUUCAACAUAACACACACACACACACCCUUUGAGCUUCUAUGAAUGGAAUGACUAUGUGGUAUGUGUGGUUGUGUGUUGUUCGAGCGGCUUGUAUGAAUCUUUAUUUUUUUUUGAUUCGAUUCUUUAUUUGGAUCAUUUUCAUCAAGAUUCGAAUGAUGGUUGAUGAUGAUGAUGAUGAUGAUGAUGAUGAUGAUUAUAUAUUGCAUUUUUUUGGAUACCAAACUUAUUACCCGAAAUAAUGGUCAUUAAUUUUGAUUGUUGGAAACAUACGAUCAAGAAGAAGGGAAAAUCUUCAACAGCAAGAAAAUCAUCUGCAUCACCAACACCACCACCACCUCCUCCUUGUCGUCGUCGUCAUCAUCAUCAUCAUCAUCAUCGUCAUAAAUUGAAAUUACGACCACCAUCACCUGAAUGUUAUUGUUCAUGUCAUCAUAAUUUUUAUCAUCACCAACAACAACAACAACAACAUCGUCAUCAUCAUUAUCAUCGACAUCAACCAUAUCAUCUUUCGACAUUAUUAUCAUCACAACCAAUUAUAUUGGCGAAAAAAUUUCGUCAUCUAAGUGGUGAUUACAAUUAUUAUUCAACAACAAAAUCAUCAUCAACUCCAACAUCAACAGUAACUAAUAAUAAUAUCGAUAAUAAUAACGAAUCUAGCCACCUGUAUUCAUCGCUGCUGAAUCCACAGAUUCAUAAACAAGUUUCUGCUGCUGCUGAAUCUAUCGAUUCUUCAUCAUCAUCAUCAUCAUCAUCAUUGACAUUAGUGAAAGAACGAAAUUCGAAUCAACAUCUGGGCUUGGCUCCAUUAACCACCGCCGCCGCUACUACAACAUCUGUAUUAGAUACUAAUUUUAGAAUCGAUUCUCAUAAUAAACAAGUGAAAACUCAUCAUCACAAUAAAGACCAAAACCAAGAACAAGAAUCUUAUUACAGUGACAUCAUAAUCUAUGAUCAUCCAGCGAUUGCAGGCCAGAAUAUUGUUGGUGGUGGUAAAAUAACAAAGAUAUCAUCAACUGACAAACGACCAAAAAAAGUUGCCCAAUUAAUUUUGAUCCGUUUGGAUCCAUUUAAAUUUGCCAUCAUGGAACCAUUGCAAGUGGAUCAACGACUUAUCGUAUUCUCACUUGUUGAUACGUUUACAAAGCUAUCGCCAAAUAAAAUUUUGGAAAAUUAUCUAAAAAAAUUAAUUGACGAACAACAACAACAACAACAACAAAAUGGUCAUCAUAUAGCGGUUUUCAAUCUUGCUGAACCAUUACAAUUUUAUAAAAAUACCAACAGCAAUGAAAUUCUUGCUAAUGUUCAACUAUUGGAAUUUGGUUGGCCUGAACGUCGUGCACCAUCAUUAGAACGUUUAUGUUCCCUAUGUAAAUCAUUGGAUUCAUGGUUAACACAAAAUGAUCAUAAUUUGGCCAUAAUUUAUUCAAAACGUGAUCUCAGCCGUGCUAGUCUAGCUAUUGCCGUAUUUUUACAAUAUAUUGACAUCUGUUUAGGCAAUGAUUCAAAUACAACAAUGUUUGAUUUUGAAUCAAUGUAUAAUUAUUUCCAUUAUAAUCUGGAGGCCUAUCUACAGCCAUCACAGAAAAAAUAUGUCAAUCAUUUCAAGAGCUUAUUGAAUGGUGAUAGCCGAAUUAAUGUACAAAAACUUCAUCUAAAUCAAGUGAUUAUUCAUCGUGUGCCAAAUUUUGAUGGCUGUGGUCGUUGCCGUCCAUUCAUUAAAAUCUAUCAAGAUUGGCAACUACGAUAUUCAUCACCUGUUGUCGAUAUUGAUAAUGAAUUUUUGAAACAUUGGAAUUAUAUCAUAUUCGAUAUACAACCACCAUUGAAAUUACGUGGUGAAAUUCUAAUUAAAUGUUAUCAUAAAAUUGCUGUGCCUAGCUCCAAGACGGAAAUGUUUGCAUUCCAAUUUCAUACGGGUACUUUGGCAACGACCACAGUCAAGUUUAAUAAAUCAGAUUUAGAUUGUGCCCUUUAUGAUCGACGAUUACCGGAUGAUAUCUGUGUUGAGCUUGUAUUUAAUAAUGAUCAAUCGAAUCAAAUGGAAGAAUCCGGUCAAAUAUCUUAUCAAAUCAUUGAUGAAAGUCAAAUUAUUCGAUGUAAUUCAUUUGAAAAUUUUUUCACAACUACAGCGAAAAAAGUUGAAUCUCCGUUGGAUGCUGAUGCCUUCGACGAUAAAUGUGCGCCACCAUUAGAAUAUACCAAAGGACCUUUAGACGGAAGUCUUUAUGCAACUGUAUUAAAAAAACCAACUAGUAUUGAACCAUCGACUGAUCAACAGCAAUCACCAACGAAACAACCGCAACAAUCUAAAAUUGAAAAUGAAAUCGUUCUCGAUGAAUUGAUUAAUGAAAUAUUCACUGAAAUUCAAUCAUUCCCUGAUUUACGAAAAAAUUCGGAAACCAAACCGAAGCCGUUACGAACAUCGACACCAUCCGAUAAUCUGGAAGAAUCGCAUUAUGAUUUUCUAACGAAAAAUGGUCAUGAACAUCCGAAUGAAAUUCCUGGUAGUGAUUUGGGUAAGGAAAAUAUUGAGCCAAUCACAAGUGAACAACAACAGAAUCUAGAAUGGCUUCAGCGUCAACAACAAAAAUUACUUACAAUACGUCGAAAUCGGCCAAAACAAGCUGCUGAACAACAAUUGAUUGCCGAAUUAAAAACGACAAUUAAACAAACACCUCAACAUAUGAUUAACCGUUCAACACCACCUGAAGUGCCAACACGUACAUCUAGUCGAAAUAUUUUUUUUGGUAUCAUACCUCAUUCAGAUGAUACUGACAAUGGUGAUUACGGUAUCAUUCAUAAAAUACAGAAUGGAAAUAAUCAAUUAAUUAACGAAGCGACACCCAUACAAAUCGAUGAAAUCGAUAGCGGCACUGCUGGUGUUAAUCAACACGUCGAUUCAUUGGCUGAAAUUCCUACUAGUUCAUCUCAGUUUUUGGCCGGACUUAAAUUAUCUGGAUCUGAUACACAGCAGCUACGAUCUUCGACUCCAGCUUUUCCUGUAAGACAAAAGAAUCGAAAAUUAUCAUCAUCAUUGAAACAAACAUUGGAUGAUGGCCAACAACUACAUCGACACAAUGUACCGAUGUUCAUUCAGGAUACAUCAUCCUAUUGGUACAAACCAACUAUUUCACGUGAAGAAGCUGUUCGUUAUCUACAAGAUCGGCCACCUGGAUCAUUUAUCAUUCGUGAUUCGAAUUCAUUUCCUAAUGCAUAUGGGCUAGCAGUUCGUGUUGCACCUGAAGAUGCCAGACCGGAUCAGGCUUAUCCUGUUCGUCAUUUCCUUAUCGAAUCAACCAAUAAAGGUGUCCAAAUAAAAGGUUGUCCAGAAGAACCGGUGUUUAGCAGUCUAGCUGCAUUAGUUUAUCAACAUUCAAUAACCAAAAUAUCAUUACCUAUCCAAUUGAUUAUUCCAUCAUCGGAUGAUAUUGAUAUUUCAAAUUAUGGUUCAUUAUAUACGGAUAAUAUUUUACUUAAACAAUUCUAUGAUAACGGAGCAGCUUGUAAUGUACUUUAUUUUAUCACUGAUGAUGUGGAAUCAUUGACCGGAAAUGCAGCUAUAAAAAAAGUUAUUGAUAUAAUGAUGAACAUUAGUGAUCGAAAGAAAAUUCAGCCAGCAAUCAUUCAUUUUAAAGCAUCCAGUAAAGGUAUUACAUUGACAGACAAUAGCCAUAGGCUAUUUUUUCGUCAACAUUAUCCACUGAAAUCGAUCAGUUUCUGUUCAAUUGAUCCGGAUAAUCGUUCAUGGACAUAUCAUUCGGAUCAUGUACAACAGCUUCAAAGCUAUUUAUUUGGAUUUGUAACACGAAAGAAAAAUACACCUUUAGAGAAUGAAUGUUUAAUAUUUGGACAUUACGAAUCAGAUCAACCACCCCAUGCAAUUGUUGAUUUUGUUAAUAAAUUGUUACAUGCAUCAUAAUUUUUUUUUUUUUUUUUUUUAAUAAAU